AUGCCGCUCAGAGAUAAAUUUCUACUCCUGACGGUUAUAGGACUAGCAAGAGCACAAUUUCCCACCUGUCCCGAAAAUCUUAGAGCUCAAGGAGAUUCAGUUUUUAUAACAAGAUGUAAUCUUGAAGAAUUCACGAUCAUCGUUGAGCCCCAGUGCUACAACAAUAUCACGACGGAAGAGGCCCACGAUUUGGAUAAGUGGAUCAUAACAUCGUACAAAGUUUCUGAGGUCGAGAACUUCGAUGCAAGUGUAAAUGCGACCUGCACUGAUGAAAAACAAAACGGACAAACAAGUUACUGGCUGAAUGGCGAGAAACAAGAGAAUGUCAACGCCGAUUACUUUAAUUUUCAACACAGUGAUUGUGGAGGAAUAGAGCUUCAGAAUCCGGAAGAUGGAACAGAUUCAUUCUAUGAAGUCUGGAUUGCGCAGCUUGAGAACGAAGGAACCAUUAUAACGGGCGAGUGGAAUGUCCGUUGUGUUGUUCAAGACGAAGAAACUGAUGCAGCAACGUAUAAUAUCGAUACAUCGAGCGAUGCUUUUGACAGCACUGGAUACAUAAACGCAUUAGCUCUUGAAAUUCAAAGCCUAGAGAGCGAGGCGCCGAGACUUGGUGAGCUUCAAAAAGUCGUCGUGAAAACAACGGCCUCCAGCGCGAAGGUCUUGUUUAACGAAACCUUCGAAUUCCGACUGGAUAGGUGCUGGGGAAACAAUGGUGAAAAUUGGCAGUCGUCGAAAUUCAAACAGAUGGUGAUUCUGGGCGAAGAGACAUCUGGUUGUCCCAACUCGCCGAUAAUAACAACUUACUCUUCAAAAGAGUUCCAAUUCAGAACUUUUAAGUUUCCCGGCAGUGACACGGUGCGAAUUCAAUGCGAAGUCAAAAUUUGCGAGAAGGGCGAAGACGGAUGUGAAGAACCAGACUGCUCGGAAGGACAAGGAAACUCCGGAAAUUCCGGAAAUUCUGGAAACACCCGAAAGAAGAGAAGCAUCGGAAGUCCGAAUGAGAAGAAAAUUUUGUUAGCUGAAGCUUUUUUCGAUUAUGAUGCCUGA